AUGCAAGAAGCGCCUCGACUACCCCUGACAGAGCGUAGUCCUCACUACAGCAGUGUAGAAGACGUCCCAGAAGAUAUACGCAAAUACUGGCAACAACGCUACUCCAUCUUCUCUUGGUACGACUACGACGUCCGGCUGACGCACGACGCCUGGUUCGGCGUUACGCCGGAGCCCGUGGCGAACCAGAUCGCGCAGGACAUGACGGCGUCGGGGGCCAAGAAGACCGUCGUGGACCUGUUCGCCGGCGCCGGCGGUAACGCCAUCGCCUUUGCCUUGGCCGGCUCCUUUGACCGCGUCGUCGCCAUCGAGCGCGAUGCCGACACCCUGGCCUGCGCCCAGCACAACGCAGAGGUUUAUGGGUGCGGUGAGUGGAUCACCUGGGUCCACGGUGAUUGUUUCGACUUUUUGGCUGCUCAACAGCAGCAGCAGCAGCAGCAGCAGCAGCAGCAGAAGCAUGGCAAGGGUGGCGCUGCUUCUUCUUCUGCUUCUUCUUGUUCAUCUUCUUUACCCCAGAACCUGAGGAUAGACCCCAAGACCACCAAGAUCUUCGCCUCGCCGCCAUGGGGAGGCGUCGACUACGGUCAGCAAGACGUCUUUGACCUAUCCACCAUGCAACCCUACAACCUUGACAGGAUCCACGCCGCGUGCAAGGCCUACGAUCACGCCCUGUACCUCCCGCGGACCAGCGACCUGCGGCAGAUCUCAAAAUGCGUCCCGGACGGUCAGAAGAUCGACGUUGUGCAGUACUGUAUGGCUGGCGCGAGCAAGGCUUUGGUUGCCUAUAUCCCCGGCGCUCGUAGCUGA